CUGUAUAAAUUCGGAAAUUAUUGUGUUAGUUUUAUGAGUAUAGGUUUGUACUUGUUCCGCUGCAAACAUGAAUAAUUUAGUAGCGUUGGGUGGUUUUUCUCUAAUAUUUGUUGCUCUUCUCAAUGGAGCAACUACUUCUGUGAUUGGUAAUCCCAAUCAUUCUCCUCUCCGAGUAAUAAACGGAACAACCGCAGCUGAUGGAGAAUUCCCAUACAUGGUUCAAAUUAUGGACUUAUUCAAUUAUCUCUACUGUGGUGGAACAAUUAUUGGCGAUAAAUGGAUUUUGACCAGCGUUAAAUGUAGUACAGCAGAAGGUAUAAGAGUCGUAUACGGAACUAACGAAUUGGCUGCACAUAAAAAUAUCAGUACCACAAUUAAUGUCACAAGGACCUAUCAACAUCCACUUUAUAGCUAUAAGAAGGUUAUCAUAGGAAAAGUUCCACUAUAUGAUGUUGCUAUUAUUGAGCUCGAAAAACCAAUUCCAUUCGAUGCCAAUGCCCAACCAAUCAAAUUGGCUGAUGCCAAUGCUCAGGUACCUUUCCACAAAAAUGGUACUCUAUCUGGAUGGGGUGUAAACGACAAAUGGGGCGUAAAACCUAUGCCAUCCUUACAAAAAAUCAAUUUGCAAUUAUUAACCGAUGAAGAAUGCAGCCAGAUAAUCAACAAACGCGCUUAUGAGGAUAUCUGGGACAGCACUCAGAAUGUGUGCAGUAAUGAUAACUACAGCGGACAAUGCAGAGGUGAUGCUGGAGGGCCUUUUGUUGUUGAUGGAGUCCAAUAUGGUGUGACUUCUUGGAGUAUUCCAGAGUGCGGCACCAGUCCAGGAGCUUACAGUCGUUUGACUACACCAUCUAUCCGUGAAUUUAUUAAAAAUGUAACUGGAAUCUAAGAAGAAAAUAUUAAAUUUUUUAUUUUCAAACGGUGUUUU